AUGGGCCUGUAUACUUUACAAGCCUUUAUUUUAACUUUGCAUUCCUUUAUUCUCAUUGCAGGGGAACACUUGAGAAUCUGCCCUCAGGAAUAUACAUGCUGCACAUCAGAAAUGGAAGACAAGCUCAGUCAGCAAAGCAAACUGGAAUUUGAAAACUUGGUGGAGGAGACAAGUCAUUUUGUACGUACAACAUUUGUGUCCAGGCACAAGAAAUUUGAUGAAUUCUUCCGAGAACUACUGGAGAAUGCAGAGCGAUCCUUAAAUGAUAUGUUUGUACAGACGUACGGGAUGCUGUACAUGCAAAAUUCUGAAGUGUUCCAGGACCUCUUCAUAGAACUGAAGCGAUAUUAUACAGGAGGCAAUGUGAACUUGGAGGAAAUGUUGAAUGAUUUCUGGGCUCGGCUAUUAGAGCGAAUGUUCCAGCUCAUAAACCCCCACUAUCAUUUCUCCGAGGACUAUCUAGAAUGUGUGAGCAAAUACACAGACCAGCUUAAGCCGUUUGGAGAUGUACCCAGGAAACUGAAGGUUCAAGUGACCAGAGCUUUCAUCGCUGCACGGACCUUUGUUCAGGGACUGACCGUAGGCAGAGAAGUGGCUAACAGGGUAUCAAAGGUCAGCCCUACCCCAGGAUGCAUCCGUGCACUAAUGAAGAUGCUGUACUGUCCUUACUGCCGGGGACUUCCCACUGUGAAACCUUGCAACAACUACUGCCUCAACGUAAUGAAGGGCUGCCUUGCAAACCAGGCUGAUUUGGAUACUGAAUGGAAUCUCUUCAUAGAUGCUAUGCUUUUAGUAGCAGACCGAUUAGAGGGGCCAUUCAACAUUGAAUUAGUAAUGGAUCCUAUCGAUGUCAAGAUAUCUGAAGCCAUCAUGAACAUGCAAGAAAACAGUGCACAUGUCACAGCAAAGGUCUUUCAAGGAUGUGGACAGCCUAAACCAGCUCCAGGUUUAAGAUCUUCCCGUUCCAUUCCUGAUAACUUCAAUGUCCGUUUUCGUCCCUAUCACCCUGAGGAAAGACCAACAACAGCCGCUGGUACAAGCUUGGACAGGCUAAGGACUAUCUGGAGGACAAUGCAACAUGGUGUAAUUGACAUUAAGGAAAAACUGAAGCUGUCCAAAAAGUUCUGGUCAACAUUACCCUACAGUAUAUGUAAAGAAGAAAGAGUGACAGCUGGUCUGUCAAAUGAGGAAGACUGCUGGAAUGGGCAUACCAAAGCAAAGUAUCUACCAGAGAUCAUGAAUGAUGGGCUUACCAACCAGAUCAACAAUCCUGAAGUGGAUGUGGACAUCACCAGGCCUGACACCUAUAUAAGGCAACAAAUCAUGGCCCUAAGAGUCAUGACCAACAAACUCAAGAAUGCAUACAAUGGAAAUGACGUUAACUUUCAGGACACAAGUGAAGAGACCAGUGGCUCAGGAAGUGGGAGCGGUUGCACUGAUGACAUUUGCCCAACUGAAUUUGAAUUUGUCACCACAGAAGCCCCCCUCGUCGACUCAGACCGAAGGGAAGUGGACUCUUCAGCAAGCCAUCCUAGCCAAUCAGGGCUCACAUGGCUUCUCGUCUGCCUGGUCCUCCUGUUGCAAAGACAGUGCAGAUAAUCCUGGUUCUGACUAGUGGUGACUGUCUUUUAGCUAUUGAGGAAGAAAUAGAACAACACAGCCAACUUUCUCCUUUUCUUACGCUCUUGGACCAUGGACCGUGCCACAAAGACAUACUGUUUUCUACCAGAAGAGAGCAGCCUGCUCCCCCUUUGUGCUUUCCCAAAGAGUACCAGGUGUCAGAGUGGACUGUUUUCCCUCCUUUUUUUCAGAUAGCUGUGAAGACAAUGUCCAUGCCUCAGAGAUCUCUUUCUCACAAUUUUUAUUACAGGAUAAAUUUUUGAAGCUUAAUUUGCUUUUAUGCUGCAGGAAGAGGGGGGGGGAGUUGUUAUUUAGUGUACAAGGAGUGGUUUUCCAUGACAGAAAAAGAGAAGAGAAACAAAGGUGUGUUAUUCAAAAUCAAGCAAAGCCCAAGGCCCAUAACAUACAAAACCCAAGGAAGAGGUGAAGCUUCUUUUCCAGGAUGCUUCCAUAUUGCAUGUCAGGUCACCACAAUGCUGUUGAGCACUGAGGGAAUAUCUUUGAGUUUUGUCUUCUGUUUUGUAACACAGAAACCAGUCAAAGACUGGCCCUGCCAUUAUAUAGAAUAAGACCAUUGCCUCUAGCCACUGAUACGGGGUGCAGCAUGGGGCAGACACAAGUCCAUUCUUCCUGAGCCUCCCAGACAUUCCCCACAGUUGGAGGACAGAAAUGGCUGCACCUCACUGCCUGGCCAGCACCCCCUACAUUCAUCAGCAGUCCUUGGGUAUAAUGGAAGACUCUGUCCCAUCAUCAGUGCUGUAAUAAAAGCCAACUGCCAGCCCAGCUGCUUCUGUACAUAGAAUGAAAGAGGGAGGCGCUAUCUUGCUUUUGCCUCAUGCAGCAAAACAUCUUGAGCCAGCCAUAAACAAAUGUAUGCUUUGGGCUCUGUUGGCCAUAAACAGAAUCUUUGCCCUUAGGUUUGAAACAAAAUAGGAAAACUAUUAGUAACAGUAUAACAUAAUUCCUCAGAAACCUCAUUUAGCCCAUGUCUCCUUUGAAUUCUAACAAUGCCUCCUAAUUGCUUUACUUUUUAUCCAUGGUAUGUGAUUGACACAGGAGUCCACCAGGUUGUCCAGCAUCAUCUGUUCGUGGUGAAGUCUUAACAAUUCUUUAAACUUUUUAAAUUCAGGUCUUUAUGACAGUGGGACAAAGGUCUUUUUUUUCCUUUAGCUGCUUGUUUGGCAGCAAUUGUGUUCAUUACCAAGCCAAAAUUGUUUUCAAAGGAAAUGAUAACGGUAACUGGAUUCCUAUGUUAGUUUUUGCACAGAAAUGGCAUCCUUUAUAUCAGUUUCUGUAUCAGAAGGGAACUCUGUUGCUAAAGUGUUGACACAACUUAUAUAUAUAUAUAUUAUCAACAUGCAAAAUUUCUUUCACUUUUUUAGUCUUAGUAUGACCAUCUAUUUUUAUAUAUAUAUAUAUACAGUAUAUCACAGAUUUUAACUUCUUAAUUACAAGCUCAGGGUUGACACAUAUUUGUAGGGGGGAAAUGUUUUGUCAACCAGCUUUUAUCUUUUUUGUGUUGCUUAGGAGAAGGUGUCCUUUCAUGAUUGGCAGAUGGAAGGAUCAAAGAAGAUAAUUUAUUGUGCUUUCAGAUGUCCAUUUCUUUAUGGAAAUUCAAAAUGGGAGAGGGAUGUUAGCCCUCCUUCAUGUCUGUGCAUUUGUUCAUGCAUAAACAAUUCAGACAUGAAAAAACAUGGAAUGAUGUGACUUCAUAAGAGGAAAAAUGUACUUUUAGGUGCUUUCAUCAAAAGUCUGUCUAACUGCCUCUAUGGUUAUGGGAUGUGAAAGAAUGUACAUAAGCCCAGGGUUGUGAUCUGGUCUCAUAGGAUAUUAGUGUAAACUUCUCUCUCCCUUGUUAUGCUGCUUGUGACCCUCCUGCAUGCUACUGCCAACUAUCCAGUAGCUGAUGUUCAGUAGCCUCAGUAUGUGGUAUCAAAACUUCUCCUGCUAUGAAUAGCUUGGGUACCAGGAAUAGAGAGAGCUCUAAGACACUUCUGCUUGAUGCAAGGUGAGGUACUGAAGGACAUCCCAGUGCAUGGCACGAACUUUGUGCCUAGCUGCUAAGCCUUAACAUGAGGAAUGUCUAACUGAGGGAAAAGGGAUUUCUGUCUGAAUCCCUCUACACCCAAGUGUAGAGAGGCAGGUGGGUUCCCACCCAGGGGAUCUCUAUCCAUGAGCACCCAGGCAUAAGCGAGGUCCCUACUACCUAAACCAGCCUAGUCAAAAAAGGAGUGGUUCAGAUGAGACAGCCUUGUUUUGAUGACCCUUCUAGUGUUCAUAAAAGAAGCAGUUAGUUAAACAUUUUCAAGGAAGCCACUCCUGUUGCCUUGAAGGCAAUGACCAUGUAAACUGUACACAUUUCAAAAUAAUGGCUUUUGUCAUCUAAUUAUAAUUAGCUGUCAAUUUAGUAAUGAAAGUAGUAAGCUCACAGCACAAAUGUAUAAAUAUACUUAUGCACUUUUACACCUCCUUCCCCUAACAUGAAUCAUACAUACUGCUAAUGAUUAUAUACUGUGUCAAACAGGAAAAGAAAAAUCCAAAAUGUUAAUUCUCAAAGGCAGAGGGAUUCCUCUUUUUCAUGAUUUAACAUGUUCUAAAAUCCAAAUGUGUCAGUUCGAUCCAGAGUUAGAUACAAUUUUUCUUCUUGAUGAUGAUGAUGAUGAUUUAAAAUCACAUGUUUACAGGCACAUUUUUGACUGAACAUCACCCCAUUGCACAAAGUCAUCUUUUGAUACAAUUCAGUCCAAUUUCUGGGAAAGUGGCUGCUGGUGGUGUGUAGCCUGUGUAAGAGAGUCCCAUUCUUUUCAAGAGGACUUGAGCACGGCUGACUUUCUCCAGAUGGGCGGUUUUAUACCCUUGCCCCACUUACUCAGCCUCUCUGACUGAGACUGUGGCUGUAACGGACUGUGCUGAAUCGAAUCAGACUGAGAGGCCAGUUUCUGCACACUGCCUGACUGGCAGCAACUCCCCAAGAUCUCAUUCAGAAGCUAUUUCUGGACCUGAAGAUAUCAGGGAUUAAGCCUGGGUUCUUGUCUGUGCAUACACUGGUCUACUGAGCUGUAAUCUCUUCACCUGGCAAAAGUGCUAAGGCAAAGGAUAUAGCUGACACUAUAACAUGUUUUCCACCAAGUUAUCUUCCCUCGGUUAUUAAAACUAAACCAUAUUCAUUAUUUGUGCUCAUUUGACUGAUACCCACCCGCCCAAGACAUGUGUAUACAAUACAUUUUUAGAGAGAAAUGCUACCAAGAGCAUAUAUUUCAGAACAAUGGUUUCGUAGUUUUGAGUUUCCUCCAUGAUCAAAUUGAGAUAUGACCACAUUUGUAUUCAGUGCUUCAAACACCACAUGAUUCGACUCCCACCACUUGGCAGCAGAGCAUCAGAAAAAUGUGAGACAUAGGGAUGUAACAAAGCAGCAUUCCUAUGGCAAACUCUCCACACAGCCAUAGCUGUAAAUAAUGAAAACUGUUGUCACGCAGCUGUCUGCCCAUUCCAUGGAAAGCCAUGUACACACAUCUGUAUUCCCUUGGCAGCUACAAAUGGAGCCAUGGAUGCUCUCUACACUGAGAAUAGGAAAGCUUUGGUCUUCCAGAUGUUUCUAACAUCAUUUCCCAGAUGCCUCAGCCAUGAUUGUUAUGGUAAGGGAUUACAGUUGUUGUCCCACACAUCUAGCAUGACAACAGCUCUUCCACAUUGUUCAACAUAGAAAUGGUUCCCACAGACCAGGAUGGAGAUCCUGGAACGUCUGCAGUGAAGGGGUCCUAAGAGCUCAAGGAUAUUGUGUUGAUUUGAGAACUCUCUCCUACAUAAAUGUCUACAUGACAGGAGAGCAGCCCCUGUUUCUUUCAACAGCACACACCUUCCUGCUCCAGAAUGUCAACAUAUUCAAAUAGUGGCUCCUUUCCCAGAAAUGCAUUCAGCUCCAAGGAUCUCAUCUUCGCCCAGCCACAAAGGUAGCAAGACAUCUAUCAUGAGAUGUGCUUGCAUUGCCAAAGCAUACCUCUGAGAAUGCUACCCCUUCAACACAAAGGCUGAAACAACAUACACCUGUGAAUCCACAUGCUUCCUUUAAUACACUCUUGGCCAAUAGAGCAAUUGGUCAGAUUAGCUGCUCACUGCUCUUAUGCUUCCCUGCUGCUUCACUGUCCUUAUUCCAGGACCCAGAUACCUUAGUAACCAUCAUAGUUUGCACCAUGCUGCUGCCGCCUACCUGUUAGUCUCUAUCCUUAUUCACUGCAAGGAUUUGAAAGUCCUCUCCUCACAUCCAUCAUGACUGAGUUAUGAUGACUCCUUUAAUAGACCCAGGCCAUGGCCAGAAAAGAAGCCAUCAAUGCAAUCAGUAGGGCCUUUAUGUACUACAGCUAGUGGCUGAGACUUGCCUCAGAAUGUGUCGUUUUCUGUGUCAGUAGUUACAUACACCUUAGCCUAUAGCAGUGAUGGCGG